AUGAAAAUGACUGUAAAACUGCUACGUAAAGGGUUUUUCCCAAAUCCAUUUAAUCGGUUAGCAAAAGGUCAACAUGACGGGUCAUCAGAUGCAUGGGUGGCAUUCACUUGGAUAGCCCAAACGUUGCACGACAAAAGACAACACAAAAAAUUAUUCUCAGUUGGUCUUCAGGAGGGUCAUUCAAGAAAUUCAUUCAAAAGCAUUCUCAUCAAGUCACUCAUGUCAUUUGAUGAAACUCCUACAACAUUGAAAAACUACAUUACCAUUUGCUUGGGCUCAAAGUUUAAUGUGAAAGAGACACGAAGAAAUUUACUUCGUCCCAAAUCAAUGCGCUUGCUUGCAUUUCUGAGGAAAUGGGACAGAAUGAAGGGACCCAAAUCAGGGAAACCAAAGAGUCAUAAUUAUGCAUGGUUGCAACAAUCUAGGUUGAAUUGCUUUUUUAUGGGUUCUGCUGAAAUUCGUACAUUGGUUAUGCAGAAAUGCUUUGAGCAAAACUGCACGCUUGAAAGUGAUUCUAGACAACAAACUGCUAAACAACCUAUUUCCUCAUUAACCCAACAAGCAAGUCUUGCUUGUCCGGACUUAUUUUUACUUGAAUUUCACCAAAAUUAA